AUGCAAUUCUCUACUGUCGCUUCCGUUGCUUUCGUCGCUUUGGCUAACUUUGUUGCCGCUGAAUCCGCUGCCGCCAUUUCUCAAAUCACUGACGGUCAAAUCCAAGCUACUACCACUGCUACCACCGAAGCUACCACCACUGCUGCCCCAUCUUCCACCGUUGAAACUGUUUCUCCAUCCAGCACCGAAACUAUCUCUCAACAAACUGAAAAUGGUGCUGCUAAGGCCGCUGUCGGUAUGGGUGCCGGUGCUCUAGCUGCUGCUGCUAUGUUGUUAUAA